ACUUUCUUCUCACUCCCCUCUUUCCUCUCCCUCCCUGCGCCCAAAUUCCAUCUCCUUCUCUUCCUCUUUUCUUUUUUCUUUUCUCUCCCUCCCUGCACCUAACUUCCUUCUCCCUCUUUUCCUCUUUUCUUUUUUCUUUUCUCCCCCUCCCUACACCCAACCUUCUUCAGCCUCUUUUCCUCUUUCCUUCUCCCUCGUAAAUAACUCCUCUCCCUUUCUCCAUCUUUUUUCAUUUCUUGUUUUCUUCAUUUCAAAAGCUAUAACUUUUUUUGCAGAUUUGAAUCCGUACAGAAAAAUAAGAGGAGUCACAAUUGAAUCUACUUUGCUCUCUCAAAUAUUAUUCAUGAGGAACUAUUUAUGCUCAUUGCAUGGCGGGGAUAAUGAACCUUCGAAACAUGUGUUUGAUAAACCGAAUGAUGGCAGAAAAAGGAUUGAGGAAGUCAAGAAUGAGAGAUUUUGAAUACAUGAUAACUAAAUAUUUUAUUCUUGUAACUAGCUAUAUUGUAAAAUUAAGGUUCUUGUGUUUAGAAUAUAGUGUAAUUGAAGUUGCUAAAGUCUACAAUGUAUGUUUUGUGUUAUGAAAAUGAAGUUGGAUGUUUUGUGUUGGACACAUACAAUUGUCUAUGUGUUUCCUUAUCUUGUCUGUGUGUAAUUGAAAUAUCAUCUGUCAUUGUUUAUAUUGUCUGUGCAAGAUUAAAACAUUGUC